AUGGAGUCUCUUGGUGUUGGAGCUUUUCCUGAGGGAGAAUGGGAGUCUUUUAGCAAGAUGUUCUCUGCUGAGGAGCUGGAUUUCACUCCACAAUUUCUGCUGGGGCAUGAUCAGCAUGCAUAUGAUCAUCAGGAUCAGAAUAGUUUGCUUUAUUCUUUAGGGAAUAUCAACUCUAAUUUGCAAUAUAUUUCUCAGGAAAGAAGUUAUUGUGGUAGCCAUGAGAACUACUACUUUGGCGAUGCUAAGCAUAUUCAUAUUCCAGUCGUGGCAAAUGAUACUUGUGUGAUGGAUGAGAAAAUAAUUAAUAUUGGCUCUUUUUUUCCUUCCUUUCCUGACAUUGUAAUGGGUGACGAUCAUGAUCGUGAUCAGACGACAGCUGCGUUUGUCGACGACGGCGGGCCAGAAGACAUUGCUAUUUCUGGCGGCGAGUUGGUGCAAAAAAGGAAGUUUGAUGUGCCAGAAUGUCGCACAAAAGAAGAAGACAAAACGUCUAAGAAUACGAGGAAGAAGCCUCGGGCUUCAAGAAAUGCUCAAAAGAGUAAGAGAAAUGUGAAGUCAAAGAAAAAUGUCCAGAAGAUGAGUCAGCUGGAAGAGGAGAGUAAUGGACAGAGCUCUAGUGGGUGCAGCUCAGAUGAUGAUAAUGCUAAUUCCCAGGAGACUAGUGGAGGAGCAACUUCAGACUCCAAAGAUUCUGCUGCUCUCAACUUGAGUGGGAAAAUGAGAGCCAGCAGGGGAUCAGCAACCGAUCCGCAAAGUCUAUAUGCAAGGAAAAGAAGAGAAAGGAUAAACGAGCGAUUGAGAAUUUUACAGGGUCUAGUCCCUAAUGGAACAAAGGUUGAUAUCAGCACAAUGCUUGAAGAGGCAGUCCAUUAUGUGAAGUUUUUACAGCUCCAAAUCAAGCUUUUAAGCUCCGAUGAAAUGUGGAUGUAUGCUCCCAUCGCUUACAAUGGAAUGGAUAUUGGUCUGAUCAGCCAGAAGAUAUCUCCACCUCUAUGA